AUGAAGAUAUAUGUUGGUGGACAACUGUGCCGCCAGUGGGCAACGGGCACCCCACCGUCCGCUAUAGCUGACGUCGAUUGUCAACAAGCACUGACAGGAAACAACCUCACUAUUCAGACCAGCGAUGUUCUCACGCUGUGCGAGGUACAGAUAUUUGUUUGUAGCGACGGCUGGUUUGGUGAGGACUGUGACAAACAGUGUCAGUGUUCACUAAACACAGAAGUAUGUGACAAGAUCACUGGACAGUGUCUGAGUGGAUGUGCUGCUGGAUACAUGGAAAAAGACUGCCAAACAGCGUGUUCAGACGGUUACUAUGGAAACUGCACAUCCAAGUGUGGAAACUGCCCCAACGCUGCCUUUUGUAACAAGUCAACAGGUAUCUGCCCUGGAGGUUGUUCAGCAGGGUGGCAAACAGACACCUGUCUUCAACCAUGUCCGAGUGGCUACUAUGGCCCGAACUGUGGCGUCCUGUGUGGCAACUGUGUGGAAGGUGAUGUUUGCAUCAAGACCAAUGGAACAUGUCCUGGAGGAUGUGCAGCGGGGUGGAUCAACGACACGUGUCAUCAAGCAUGUCCAGAUGGUUACUAUGGUACUGACUGCACGCCCAAGUGUGGAAACUGUCUGGACAAAGAUGUGUGUAACAGGUCAACGGGAACAUGUCCCAACGGGUGGAUGAAUAACACAUGUCAUAACAUGUAUGAAGACGGGAAGUACGGAAUUGGUUGUACGUCAGAAUGUGGUCACUGCAAGAACGACACAAUCUGUGACAAAACUAACGGAACCUGCGGGAGUGGAUGUGAUGGGGUGUAUUUAGGUGCCCGCUGUGAGCCCAUGCAGGUUACGGUUAAUGAAAAAACCUCUAUGGCUGGAAUAAUUGGAGGGACAGUUGCAGCUCUGUUGGCAAUUGCCAUCGUCAUAAUCGUCCUAUUUUCAUCUUCAGGCGGAGGAAGGGACCAAAGCACGAUGACGAGAGGCUGCAGUCUAAUCAAGAUGUGCCUAAUUCAAAAGCAAAAACUGUUGAGAUUGUAA